AAUUUUUUAAAAGUAUAUAAGCAAUUGUCUCUUUCUGAAAUGUAAUUUUUUAGAUUUUAUGAACUUUUAAUAGACCCUACUAACCGGUUCUCCUCACUCCUACUCCCUUCGAGCUAAAAAGAAUAAAAUUUAAAAUAUGAAUCGGUUCCAAACCCUCUUUUGUGAACUUCUUUUUUGUUUUUUUUUUUUGGGUCAAUUAAUACCUUCUUUCGAGUACGGAGAUGGAACCCCGUACUCGCAGGGGCUCCCCGAUUCAAACCAAACUAAUCAGAACCGUCCAUUUCCGCCAUCACCAUCCAUCGUAACAUCGACACGUUCCCACGCUUCAAGAACGGAGCCCCCCUCUCUCUUUUCCCGCCCGGGAAGAGAAGAAGAAGAGAGAGAAAGCUCGAGAGCAGCGACAAUGGUGUCGUCUUCUUCCUCGGACCCGACCUCGUGGUGGUGGAUCCUCGACUUCGUCCUCCACCAACCCUCCGUCCCCGACGCCGUCGCCAACGCCCUCCUCCUCACCAUCCCCCUCCCCGAACCCCUCCCCGCCUCCUCCGUCCCCCCCCGCAUCCAACGCCAACUCCUCCUCCGCCGCCUCUCCUCCUCUCUCCCCCUCUCCUUCACCACCCUCCGCUCCCUCGACCUCCUCCACUCCCUCUUCCCCUCCCCCUCCCUCGCCGCCGCCUACGCCGCCGUCGCCGUCCACAUCGCCGCCGCCGCCGCCGCCGCCGACUUCGCCGGCACCGUCGCCGACCUCUUUGGCGCCCGCGUCGCCGCCCUCGAGCGCUGCCCCGCCGCCGCGGGGCUCCUCUCCGACCGCCUCAGGGCCGCGGGGAAGGAGAUGGCCGCGGCCGUCGCGGAUCCCGAGCUCCGCGCGCGGAUCAUGGAGCGGAGGGACGAGAUCCGCGAGCAGGCGUUGGAGGCGAUUAGGGUUUUGGUCGCGGAGCAGCGGGAGGCGAUGGGCCCCCCGUUCCUCGAGGUCGCGGCGCAAGUCGUUAUGGGAGAGAACAGGGCCCUAAUGCGAGAGACAUCGCCGUUGCGCAAUAGAAUCGCAAACGAGAGCAGGGAAAUUAAGUUCGACUCCACACUGACACCGGAGGUAGAUAAGGUCACGAAUGCGUUGAAAUCAAGUUGUGCGGAUCUCCAGAAGGUGGUGGAGGAUCCUCUUCCUGAUGCGGUAGUGGCUGCAGACGAAGUACUAAAUAGAAGAUCAGGAGAAAUGGAAAAUAUAGAAGGGGACGGAGUAACUAAUAGACUUGUAGGGGAGAGUUCAAUUCCUACUGUUGGAAAGAGUGUUGAAACUAGUCACAGUGAGGAUUCUGUUGCUUCUGAAGAAGUUGCUUCAGCUUUGAUGGGUUUAAAGCAGGGUGAAGAUAGGAGAAAUGCGGAUGGCAUAGUGCAUGAUGCGGGAAAAGGCGUGGAAGAUCCUCGUUCGGAGGGUCCUAGUACUCAUACAAAUGUCGCAGCGCGCCCUAGUCUUAUGGCUUGGAAUCCGACUGCUCGUACUUAUGAGUGGAAUGACUCUAUUGAUUCUCUAUCGGAGAAGUCGCUAUCACCAUCAAAUAAGCCUCACUUAUCGACCCCAAAGAGCAGGAUGGUUUCUCCUCUGAAGUUAGUAGAGAGCAAAAAGGUUUCUAAGCGAAGAAAAUUUAAGAGAUGGAGCUUGUUGGAAGAAGAAACAUUAAGAAAAGCUGUGCAAGAGCAUGGCAAAGGUAGUUGGAAGGCUAUUCUAAACAGCUAUGCCGAUAUUUUUGAAGAGAGAACGGAGGUUGAUUUAAAGGAUAAAUGGAGAAAUAUGACCAGACACUAGUUGGCAUCUUUGUCGGGCUUUGUUUUGUUCUCUUUGGCACCGUCAGAUGAGUUUUGGUAAUACAGUACAUUCCUGAGGUGCUUCUCUCUUUCGAACUAACCAUAUAAUAGAUAGUCCUUAACCAUGAACUUGCACUUUUGUCUUGUAUAUAGUGAUGGAUUCUGUAAGCUUUCACAUCUUUUGUCUAAUAUAUAAUUAAUGGAUUCCGUAAGUUACUGUGAAAGCUUUAAUAUAUAUUAGUUAAAUGGAUUUCUGGUUAAGUGGGAAGUUUUGAGCCUUAUGUGAUUUACAUGAAAUUCUGCAUGUUGCUGUU